AAGUGAGAGAGACGCUUCCCCCCUCCCCGCCCCACAAAAAAUCUCCGCUGUCGUCACCGGCGUCCGCCAGGGCUUACCGCGGCCCCGGAGCCAAACCGGCCUUCGUCAGCCGACGUCCCCCCCCCCCCCCGCCUUCCUUCUCUCGGCUCCUCCUCCCUCGUCGCCUCUCUCUUGGGGCCUAGCCUCCUGGAGCGAUCCCCGAGCGCAGGGGGCGGGGCUUGGCUUGGUGCCUACUGGAUGGGAAGUUGCUGCCGCGGCCUGUGGAAGAGGAAGGGCACGUCAUGGCCGCGCUGAAGGUCUCUCGGGUACGGAGUAGGUGGCGAGGGGCGUGAGGGGAGAAGCCGGGCGCAGAAACCGAAAGCGGCAGGCUUGGGGGGCGGCCUCGGAUUGUUGAGGGAAGGAGGCUUUGCAAGGUGGGGCGGGGUGGGUUUCUGAAACCCGGCAAUGCAAGCCCGAAACGUGCCUACUCGGGAGAUAACCCCGUUUAGUCCAAGGGAGCUUACCCACUGCCCCAGUAAAGUGCGGAUAAGCGGGCGAAGGGGUUGACUGCGUAUUUAGUAGUCCUAAGACUUCUAUAAUUACAACAUUGUACAGUUGGAAGGGGCUCCCGAGGGGCAUCUAGUCCAAACCCCCUUCCCCUGCCAUGCAGGGAUCAGAACUAGAACAUAAAUAUUUAGAAGAGGGGAAGGAUGCCAAGUUCUCACGGGGGAAAAGAAGAGGUACCCACACAGAAUGAUACUUCCAGCUUAUAUAAAGCGAAGUACAUUCUGUCCCGUAACAAACAACAAUACCGCAGUUUUUGGUAUUAUGCAACAGCAUAUCUAUUUAUUUGUUUGGCAUUCAUAAGGAGGGGUUGGUUUUCGGAAGGAAACUGCCUUACCUUGAUCCUAGGGUUUUUUUUAAUUUAUGGCAAAUGUAGGGAAACAGAAGAGAUCUAUAGAAACCGAGAUCAUAUGUGUGUUAGGCUUAGGAUUUUGAUAGAGUUAUCUUCUGUGAAUAGGUUUAACUAAUUAUACUACCCGCUAUAUAUUUCAUAUAAAACAUUUUUGUGCCAGUAUAGCCGGUAUAUCUUCCAACUUUUAUUCUUGUUUAUGGUUUGUUACAAAAUCCCAGUUUGUAUUGGUUUUUGCCCUUAAGUAUAUAAAUGAGACAGACAUAGUCUUAAGAAUUCAUAUGCUAGAAAGAAAAACAACUUUUUUAAAGCAUUGUUCAGUGCUGUGACUGGGAAAUGACUGCUUUUGAAUCUUGGUAGUUUGGGUGUCCCUUGCCCUUUUAAAGUCCUUUAGUAUUAUCUACAUACUAUAGACAAAGACCUAAGGCUAAGAAAUGGUGCUUAAGGCCAUCUAGUGUGUCCAUGGCAGAGGUGAGAUUUAGAAUACAGAUAGUCUGAUGAAUAGGGUAGUCUCUUAACUACCAUGCCACACUAGCUCUUUGAGAAUGUUGGACAGAACAGUCCUUUUAUGGGUUUUGUUUAUACACUUGAUUUAUAAAGCUAAUAAGAAUACUUUUAUAUUUGCAGUUUUGUUUCAAAUCUGUACAGAAUACUUUGAUCUAGUAGCUGUUUGCCCUUGAUUUAAGCAAAAUGUGAGCAAAGCUACUAAACUUGGAUAAUUACCCACUUAUCACUGAUGAGUCAAUCUAUAUGACAUACUCAGUAUGUAAAUAAAUGCAUUUUUGCCCUCUGAAAAUGUGCAGGUUCAGAUUGAUGUAUACAAUAGUUCGCCUAGAAAGGAUUUGCAGGGCUAUUAACACUUCUCUGAGGAUUUUUCUUCUAUGACAGAAAUGGCCCUACACAAGAUUCUGUUGGUUAAAUUUGUUGGUAGACAGUUAUUGAUAAAACUGAAGGAUGUCAAACCAGUGAGCUGAGUAUUGCAUAUGGUGAUGUGGUAAUGUUGUGCGCAAUUAAUGUGCCACUUUACCAGUCUCAUACAGGUUGGUUUAUAAUGUGGGAACUUUGUAAUAUUCUACUCCGUAGGUGUCACACAUAAAUCAUAACAAGUGAUUGUUAUGAGCAUGUAUUUCUGUCUAGGACGAACCCAGGAAACUGGAGGAUAAACAGGGCAAAUGUUUCAUUUGUGUACAGAGAGCUCUUUUUGAAAAAUAUAACUGCUAUGAGAGUGAAAAGCAGAAGUGUUUUCCAUAAGGACAACAUGUAAUUGAAAAUUGCCACAACGAAAAGGUUAGCCUUUAAACCACUGUACCUUGUAACUUUAAUGGAAUUUGGUGUUGGCAGUGCCAGUGAGCAGUCUGCUUCUCUCCCCCCCCCCCCCCCGCAAAGAGUAUGCCACAUAAGAUAAUUGAUAAGUUCCAACCCCUGAAAAGCAAGGUAUGGAGCAGAGUGCUAAAAAACUUUCUAUUCCAGCUGGCCAUUACAAAAACUCGGUAACUAAAAAAUAGUUUGUGUGUUUGCUUUUUUCAUCCUCCCAAUUUCUUUGCCUUUUAUGUCACAUAUUUUAGGUUGUAACUCUUGGGGGAGGGCCUUUCUAACACUGGCAUUUGUAAGGUACUCUGGGAGCCUCCCUCCCUCUCUUUCUCUCUCUUUGUUGGCUGAAAGUAGGAUAAAGAUGCUUUACUUAAAUCAAAUAGCAUUAGAGACUUAAUUCCACAAUUGUUUGCUAAAGCAUCACCCUUGAAGCCAGGGAGCCACAGGUUACAAAAUAUUUUAGUGUAAAUUAUUCUUUGAAAUUGUAGUGAAGUUGAAAUGGUCAAUAAGUUAUUCAUAUCCAAAGCUUUGUGGCCUUUUGGUUAAUAUUGUACACUUGAUAGAACAUCUUGUGCAUGUCUUAUGCAAUCUUUAUCUCAUUCACUUCUUUUUCUUUUGAAUGACUGGUGUGUAGUUGUAUAAUUAAAUGGACUUUGUUCUCUUGCUAUUUUAUUAACCACUGGACCAUCUUUCGUUGUCACUUUCGUAUUCUGCUUAGUCAAAGCUACUUAUUUUAGUUCUUGUUCCCCAAAUUAGGAGUGUAGGAAGCUGCCCUAUAUUGUGUCAGACCAUUGUCCCAUCUUAUCUCACUGUUCUCUGCACCAGUGGUGAGUGGGGCCAGAGGCAAAAGUGAGUUGAACCACAGAUGUGACUUGUACACAGAGCCGCAUUGUAGCCCAGCAAAAGUCAGUGUUUCUACACUGCAAUUUCCCCCUGCAAAUUAGGAGUUUAGUCAUUAUCUUUGACCCUUCUCAUUCUUUUCUUUCUUUUUUUCUUUCCUAUCUUAUCUAAGGUUUGCUGGUUCUCUUGUUAAUAAUUCUCAGUCUCUUCCAUUUUAGUCUAUUUAGACUGAAUUCCUUAUUCAGACUCUAAUUCCUGUCUUGGGCUGAUGACUGCAAUGGUUUAGUAGUCUUGUGCUUCAGUUUAAACUUACUUGGGGGUAUCAAACACUCAUCUUAUUUAACUUCCACUCCCUUGUGCUGUUUCUCAACUUCAUGCUUUUUCUGGGCUCCUUAUGUGUGGAACUCUCUCCCCCUUGAUAUUCAGUUCACUAUCACUUUGUCCCACUUUAAGAAAGCACGAAAUUGUCCUUUUCUUCCUGCAGUUUUGCUUUGUUUCUUUAAUUGUCAUUUAAGCAUUAUAUAUAUUUACUUUGAACAUUUUUUUCUUUCUUUUAUUCUUCUAGAGAAAGCUUCUCCAUUUUCCCAUUCCAGGUUCCCUCUCCUAUUGUUUCAUGCCUUUAGAUUGUAAGGCACUAUGCAGAGACCUGUCCCUGAAAUUUGCUAUGUAUUUUAGUCACUUUCAAAAAUAAUAAAUGCUAAGGAAGCAAUAAGAUAUAAUAUAUGUCCUAUAAGUAUGUAUCUUCAACAGAACUAUAUAAUAAUAACUUGCAAAAUCUUCCGUUUGCUCCAGCAAUGGAAAGUUCAUAGGAGAACAACAAAGUCCAUAGAAAGGUACAGGGGCAUAUUUAUUUGCAAAGGCCAAAUGGUAUUUUGAACCAAAAUUAGCAGUUUAUCAGGGUUAUUUGGUAUAUUUAGAUGUAUACGAUCUUGCAAAAGAACUUAAAAGAAAAUAUGCUACACAAUGAAAAACACAGAAUUCCCCAACUACUUCUAGUGAAAAAUACGAUCAGUUCUGUGGUAAAUGCAUUGGUCUCUGCUGCAGACUAUUUUUUAGUUGGCACUUGCAAUAGGAUUGAGAAAUUUAUUGGAGGCUUUUAUCGGAGCUAUUCUUAUUCCCCCCAAAAUCAAAAUUUCAGGUGUUACGAAGCAUUGCUACAUGUGGUUGGAGAUCACAAUCAAGUCAAGCUGCUGCAACAGCACCCAAAAGUAAAUCGGCAGCUGGAUUUAGCUUUGGUAAGUAUUCACAAAGCACUGUAAAAAUAUCCCCUAUUAAUCUUACAUUAUGUCCCAUGCCUCAAGUAUUUCACAAACCUAAAGAAAAUUAUCAGAAUUUGAACCAUUUGAUGUGUGAUGGCAGGAGACUGAUGACUCAAUGCCUGAUGCACUUACUUUUUAUUUUACUAAUAGCAGCUGUGUAGUUUUACUAAAUACAAUUCGUGAACUACGAAUUGUAAUUGGAGAAGUGCAGUGUGCGUUACAUCUUUUCCUUAUGCCACUUUCCCAGUUUAAAUUGCUUUUUGGUUCAUAAGGGAAAAUAUAUGAUACAGGCGUUUGCAUUUUUUUCAGUGCAGUCAGACAGGGGCCCACAUACCAAUGGAUGUUGUAGCCAGAGACAAUACACUAGGCUGAUCAACAGAUGUGACGGCUGCUUAUGUGCAGUAGACUACAUUGCAGCCACACACAGUCAUCUCUCCAUCCAGGCUCUCAAGGAGGGUGCAGAGCAGGACUAAUGAGGAGCCUGGAGAGAGAUGGUGUGGCCUGGGGAGGACCCUGAUGGCCAGGGAUAGAGAUACUUGGAGGUCUGAUCUGAUCCAGCAGGGCUUGUCUUAUGUCCUCAGGUGGGAAAACUGAUGUGCAGUCAUCUCGCUUGCAGUAGAUGCUUCUGUAAGAGGCAAAUGAACAGUCCAUUUCUUGAACAGAGGCUCCUGAUUUUCCUCACACUGUUCCAAAAAUAUAAUUUAUUUCAGCUGAUGUUGCUUCAUGCCCUUAUACCUCUUGGAAUAUCCUGCUGUCAUGGUUUUCCCUGUAUUGCUGUGCUGCUUCAUGUCCUGUCACAUCCUGACGAGUAGAAUUAGGGAUGAAUUUAGGUGCCAAAAUAAUGAACUCUAGCAAUGUCAGGUGCAAAGUAUUGCAGUUCUGCUACUAUGUUGAAUUAUUACGGGUAUUUCAAAUAUUUGGAUAUAAUUGAUUGUUUGACAUGUGAAUGCCAUGUUUUCUAGAACUUACUGAUGAACAGAAAGAAUUUCAAGCUACAGCUCGUAAAUUUGCUAGAGAAGAAAUCUUGCCCGUUGCUGCCGAGUAUGACAGAACUGGAGAGGUAGGCUUGCUAUAUAAGGGGGGAACAGCUUAAAGCAUUGAGUAAAUGUUUCUAAAAAGAGACACUGUACAUAAAAUGAAAUAUUUUAUCUCUUUUCUUUCUAGUACCCUGUUCCCCUCAUAAAAAGGGCAUGGGAGCUCGGCUUGAUAAAUUCACAUAUACCAGAGAGCUGUGGUGAGUAAACUACCUUUUAAGCACUAAAAUAGCAUCAACUAAGGAACGCUUUUAGGAGGCAAAGAUACAACAGAUUUUACGAUAGGAUGUUUUAUGAAUGUGAAGGAAUAGCAAUAGCCAGUAUGUCUGGUGUAAGAUAAGUUUUCAUCUCUUGAGACCUUAUUAGAAAUAGCAGUAUUGCCAAACAUAAAGGGUAUAUGGAUAUGGAUUUUAGUUAACUUCUUUGCAGUAUGUUUGAUGAUUGGUAAGUGGAUAUGCAAGCAGACACCAUUGAAAGGUGUUGUGUUACAUCUGGACCAUCCUCUUCAACCAUAAGGCCAUUUACCACCAAUAGCUCUGUAGAAAGGAUCCCGAAGGUUUAUUGUGCUUUGAUGAUGUUUUAUUGUAUUUCAAUAUUACUUGGAAGAAUUUGUAUCCUGAAUUGGAAUUUACCCAUUCCUACAUGCAAGUUAUGAUUUAGUUAACUACUGGGGUUACUCUGAAUAGGGAUAGACCAAUAUUGUGGGGUUUUGGGUGGGUGGGUGUGUUGAAGGGAUAUAUAUGCAAAUGGAAUUGAAACAUCCUGUUACACUGAUGUCAAAAUUCACCCUAUCAAAGGUUAGAGUGUAUAGGAAGUAAAGUGCACCUAAAAUGGAUUUGUAUGGGACUGUUUUUUGUUUCAUAAUGUUUUGCUAUAGGUGGCCUUGGCCUUGGCUGUUUUGAUGCCUGCCUUAUUACUGAAGAAUUAGCUUAUGGGUGUACAGGGGUUCAAACAGCUAUUGAAGCAAAUUCCCUGGGUGUAAGUAUUUUCCUUCUUUCUUUGUAGUUGUCUAGAUAAUGACUUUCUUUGUAUUGAAUGUUUCUUUUUUUCUUGCAGCAAAUGCCAGUCAUCAUUGCAGGAAAUGAGCAGCAGCAGAAGAAAUAUCUGGGAAGAAUGACAGAGGAACCUAUGAUGUGUGUAAGUUCCCCCUCUCCCCCCAAGUCUAUAGAAUUUUACUUUGGUGAAAAACCUGUAUACAUUUAUUGUAUUUUUCUGUAUAUUGGACACCCCCAUGUAUAGGACGCCCCAUAUUUUGGGAGACUCCAAAUUAAGAAAAUGAGGGGGGGGGAAUUGCCCUAACUUGUUGAGUUUUUUUUGGAGAGGAUUGCCCAGAGCCUAACAGCCGUGUGCCUAUCAGCUGUUCCCUCGCAGGCAAUUGCUGAGCUUUGGGGGAGGGCAGGGUUGAGCUUUUUUUGGGGGGGGGGGAAGAGUGGUGAAGCUUUUUCUUUCAAUUGCUUUUAGCACUUUUCACCUUUCCCAUGGGGCCUCUGUAUUCUGCUUGCCUCUGCCCGCCCUACAGCUGGGAGGGAGGCUGUAGGUAGUCUGUUUUUGUGCACAGGCAGCGCGACGUUAUACAGAAGGAGUGCAGCGAUUGAAGUAAUAUCCCCUCCUUUGCGCCUUUCACAUCAGCGAAACAUUGCACCUUGCGCUCCUCCUGUAUAAUGUUGCACCGCCCGCUCACAAAUGGAGCUGCGUGAAGACGUUGCACAGAAAAAUGAUCGCACACAGCCUCCCCCACAGCUGUAGGGUGGGCAGAGUGGGAGGAGGUAAGCAGACUAAAUGCCCCGCAGGAAAGGCGCUGCCACUCCUGUUGGGUGCAGCGGUCGAAGAUAUCUCUUCCCUCCGCGCCUUUCUCAUGUGGCCUUGUUAGUCUGCUUGGAGCCGCGCGAAGACGCCGCACAAAAACGGACUACCUACAGCCUCCCUCCCAUCUGUAGGGCGGACAGAGUGGGAGGAGGCAAGCAGACUACAGAGGCCACACAGCUCGCCACUGCCAGGAACUGCGACGGCCUAAGCAAGUACCAUAUUUAUUUAUAUAUUUAAUUGCUGUAUUCCAUGGAUAAGAUGAACCUUGUUUUUCAACCUAAAAAAAUGGGUAAAAAACCUCAUCUUAUAGAUGGAAAAAUACGGUGAUUUACAAACAUACAGUAGAAAUAGAACUAAAAAUGCCCACAGCUAAGAAUAGUUUUUAAAACAAUACAAAAAACCAAUAGCUAAAGAGAGAUUUUAAAACAAUACAGAAUUGACACCUAAGACAGAUACCUUUUCAUACAGCUUAAAAACCUUGCUGGAACAAAUAUAUCCUUAAAAAUAUGAUAGUGUGAGGGGCUGGCAGUGCUCUGAAGAGUGUGUGGCAGAGGCAGGGGGUCGGGGGGGUGACCCAGGAGAGGGGGCCAGCAAUUUAUGGGGUUUGUCAUCACCCACAAGGCAGGAAUCAAGGUAAGGUGAGGAAGAAGAGUUAGGGCAGUUUGAGACAGAGAAAGGCACAUAGGAUGUGGCAGAAGAAGAAGAGGCUGUUCUGGCAACCGAUGGGUUAGUAGAUUCCUCACCUUCCCCCACCCUGCUGUCUCCCAACUCUUAAGAGGGACUUGAAGCAGGAAAGAGAAGUACAGUGGUACCUCGGGUUACAUACGCUUCAGGUUACAUACGCUUCAUGUUACAGACUCCGCUAACCCAGAAAUAUUACCUCGGGUUAAGAACUUUGCUUCAGGAUGAGAACAGAAAUCGUGCUCUGGUGGUGCGAGAGCAGCAGGAGGCCCCAUUAGCUAAAGUGGUGCUUCAGGUUAAGAACAUUUUCAGGUUAAGAAUGGACCUCCGGAACGAAUUAAGUACUUAACCCGAGGUACCACUGUAUAUGCAAAAUAUUGCUUCCACGCAGUUUACAACAAGAACAUCAGUGCAUAAUUGAAAUACACAAUAGCAAUUCCAUUGGGCACUAGAAUAAGUCUUAAUGAAAAUAUGCAAUAAAACAAGCAAUUAAAAAGCACGGCAGUUAAAACAUCUGAAAACAGACAGUUAAGCCAACAAAAUCAGAAGUGCAGUUCAGGGGAAUGCUUGCCUAAACAGGCAUGCCUCCUGUUUAUUCUUUUUUCUUUUUUCUCCUCAGGCCUACUGUGUAACGGAACCUGGAGCAGGCUCUGAUGUAGCGGGUUUAAAAACAAGAGCCGAGAAGAAAGGAGAUGAAUAUAUAAUUAAUGGACAAAAAAUGUGGAUCACCAAUGGUGGCAAGGCUAACUGGUAUAGCAAUUGUUAACGAGCUUUACUUUCUCUGUAGUUCUUCCCCACAUUUGAUCCAUUUUUGUGUCAUGCACAGUGUGACUAAGAUACAGAAUGUUUAUUAGAAACCAGUUGGGGAGAUUAGGUAUUAUCUCUUACCCUAUCACAAAUGAGGCAAGAGCCAGUGUGGUAUAGUGUGUCCACAUUCUUGACCACCGUCCAGGAUUUGGUUUGGAAGGAAGGAAUGAAGUGAGACAAUUUGGAACAAGCAGUGACAGUACAUGUUGGGAGGGCUGAAACCAUCCUUUUACUAAAUACCAUCCUGUGCCACAUGUGCUUUAUGAGUCUUUUCCUUGUAUAUUGUCUUGUAUUUCCUUUUUGUUUUAUAUAUAAUACCGAACAAUAGAAGUCCAGUCUUAACUAUGUUAACGCUCAGUAGAAGUCUUCAAAACACGCUGGGUUGUCCUUCUUUUUUGAAACCGCCUGAUCGUUGUUUAAUUUCUGGUAUAAAGCUACCAGAAGCAUCUGUUAAAGUCAAACCUGGCUCUUGUUUUUGUGUGUGUUUAUUAGGUAUUUUUUAUUGGCUCGCUCCAGUCCUGAUCCCAAAGCUCCUGCAGGCAAAGCUUUUACUGGAUUUAUUGUGGAAGCGGACAGCCCUGGAAUACAAAUUGGAAGAAAGGUAGAGUAUACACGCGCACACACACACCCCAUCUAGAUUCUGUGUGUGGAUGUGUAAAAUAACAAGCAUAAUUCUUGCACUCUUGGCUAUAAAUUACCAAUCUACAUUAGUUAAGGCAUAAUUAAAUAUUUCAUAAACUUUCUUUUCAGGAACUUAAUAUGGGUCAACGCUGCUCAGAUACAAGAGGGAUUGUUUUUGAGGAUGUGAGAGUGCCCAAAGAGAACGUAUUAAUUGGUGAAGGUGCUGGCUUUAAAAUUGCCAUGGGAGCAUUUGAUAAAACAAGGCCUCCGGUAAGUAUCUGAAAUAAGUUCUAGAAAAAUAUCAUUUUAGAGUUCUAUUUUUAUGAUAUCCAUCGUUAAAAUCACAGGUAGCUGCUGGUGCUGUAGGGCUAGCACAAAGAGCUUUGGAUGAAGCUACAAAGUAUGCUAUGGAAAGAAAAACCUUUGGAAAGGUCAUUGCAGAGGUAUGUGAAUCUCUUUAUCAUUUAUAUGAUGCCAUUUCCAGUUAAUGUGUAUUAAGGGAAAUCUUUUUCACAAAGCUUAUAUUGUAGGGUCCUAAAAGAAUAGCUUAGCAAGUUGGAAGUCAAAAUGCUGGUAAAACCAAAAUAUGAUCCACCAAUCUCUUACUAGAAGCCGUUUAAAUUUAAGGGUAGUGUUGCUUUGUAAACGGGUCUCUUGUGGUGUAAGAGGAUUCAAGAUUGCUGCAGCUGACAGUUACAAAAUGUGGACUGUCAUAUAGCAAAGCUAAUGCUGAUUUUGUCAAUGAGGGAUAGUGUGGCUAGUCACUGCAAAGAACCAAACUAAUCACAUUUGUAUACUUGUCAUUGUGUAUUAACUGUGCGUCUCCAUACGUAACCCCCACCCCACAAAUGGCUUAUUUGGGAGGAAAGGCAAAAUAUAAAUUUAAUAAAUAAAUACAUGUUUGACUGUAAGUCAUUUUAGGGUUUUCUUGUUUGUUACUGAGACAAGGCGACAUGAAGUCAUUUAGUAAUCUGCACACAUACAUUAAUAGAGAAUUAUUUAAACAUAUAAGCACUUCAGAUUAAACCAGCACUGCUUUCUGAUAACUAAUGCUAUGAUCAAAAAAUAAAUAUAGCUGAGGAGUGAUAGGAGUCCUAGGGAAAUCCUAAAACCAGAUGAAGAACCAGAACCAAUAAUUCUGACUUUGGAUAAUUCCUGAGGCUUGGCUGUGCAUUGGUAACUUUUCUAAUUAGAUGAAAUUUCAUUGUAAUUUUUAACAAAUAUGAACAAAGUAGCUUAGCAAAAUUUUUAAUUCUAUAUACUGUAUUGAUAAAGUUUUCCUUUUUCGGUCUGAUUCACAUGCCACUUUAAACCAUAGUGAAGCCUAACCAUGAAUUAAUGGGGAACACACAGCAUACACGCUGGUAAAAUCGCAGCCAAAACCUCCUUCUGGGAGCUAAGGCAAGGCUCAUGGUUUGUGUCUCUCCAAACAAACCAUGACCUGUAACCAAGUUUAGUUCUUAUUGCUCGUGGCUUCUUUGAGGAAAAUAAAUUGUGAACCUGCGUUUGUAUAUGGCACUUAUUGGGUCCCAGCAGCACAGCAGCAGGAGAAAUGAGGGAGGGGGAAAUGCAAUUUUAGCACUAUGCAGAAGCCUGCUACAUGUUCCUUGAUGUGUACUGUACAAAAAGUAAACUUCUCAAUUCUAACUGGUCAAUAUUUGCCUAUAUUCCUCAACCAUCUUAGCACCAGGCAGUGUCCUUCAUGUUGGCUGAAAUGGCAAUGAAAGUGGAGCUUGCUCGCUUGGCUUACCAAAGAGCAGCAUGGGAGGUAGAUGCUGGCCGUAGAAACACCUACUAUGCAUCUAUUGCAAAGGGAUACGCUGGAGACAUUGCAAAUCAAGUAGCUUCUGAUGCCGUCCAGAUUUUUGGAGGAAAUGGAUUCAAUAGUGAAUACCCAGUAGAAAAGCUAAUGAGAGAUGCCAAAAUAUACCAGGUAGGUAACCCAUUUAAUGCAAAUACUAGAACUGUUGCCCAGUUAACAUUUUUAGUGAAUUGAUAGCAGCAGUCUAUUAAUAAAUUUGUGUAUAUAAUAUAAAGACAAAAGUAUGUUUCCCUUUUAAAUGACACAUCUGUGUUGUUGCAGCAUUCAUCUUAAGAGGUAUUCUCUUUCAUAGGAGAGGCAGCUUCUUUUAAGGUGGCCCUCAGCACCUGCAGGGUUUUUUUAAGCAGUAUUUGUAUGAAAUGCCUGCAGGUUAAAAAUUAAAAUCUACUGAGCAUUAAAUCCGGGGCAGUGUGGAGAAAAGACCCAUUUAGGAUGCAAUCCUAUACAAAACAUAGUAUAUGUAGUUAUCUGGAAAGUAAGUAUGUUAGAUGUAACGGCUUGACCUCAGAUAAAAACAUACAUACAAACACACACACACAUAUAUAUAAUUAAAAAGUGGUAAUUAUUAACAAAAUAUUACGUUAUAAUCAACUAAGUCAUACUCUGAGCAGAACCCAUUGAAAUUGAAAACCUAAGCAAUGUUUAUUAAUUUUAUGUUGGUCUACUCAGAGUAGGAUUAGCACCUAUACAGUUUGAAAUCAAAUAAUAUUUUUGAAAAGGAGGUAGGUUUCCAUAGCUAAGGGUAUAGCCAUUCCUUUUUUAAAUAGUAUAAAAAUUCUGCCUGAGGUCUGAAUGGCAUAACUGUACAAACUAGAGCAGUAGUCUUCUACCUUUUCAGACCCGGGACCCACCUUGAAACCCAUUUCUUCAUAUUUACCAUUUAUUUGUAUGGUGGUAGUGCUGCUGUUGUGACCCACGUAUGAUUAGGCUGGAACUCAGUACUGGAUCCUGACCCACCAGCAGUAGAUCGUUGUACUUCAGAGAUUUGAACUUGUUUCUAUAACAGAAGUGUCCAUAUGGAAAACACAUUUUGAAAUGGAGGAAAUUUUCACAGAUGAUUUGUAAUUUGCCAUGGGUGUCUGCUGUUCAAAGAAGAAAGUUGGAAAAUGCCACUAGGUACGCUCAAGUUCUUAGGCUUAACUAAAGUAGCCUAUUGGACCAUGGCCAUUUAAGUGCAGCCUUGAAGUACCUGGUGAGGUUUGUUUCCCUGCCAUUAAGCAUCUGUAGCAACUUUUGCAUUGAACUGGUAACAUACUGAUAAGAAGUUCCCUGUAUUUUCAUAUUUUAUGUAGUUUUGAAAUUGCUCAAAAGCACCUGCCUUUUAUUUAUUUAUUGUAUGCUUUCUUUUCAGAUAUAUGAAGGCACAGCUCAGAUACAGAGACUGAUUGUAGCUCGUGAACACAUUGGCAGGUUUAAGGGUUGAGAACUUUUGAAGAGAGACAGGGCAUGUAUUAAUCUGAUGCUGCAAACAUUUGUCUUUAUUCUGGUAUGCUCCUUUUAAGAUUGAAAAAAUAAAAUGGCCUCAAAGUAGUAGCAUAUCUGUUUCAGAUCUUCAAUAUAUGGGAAAAAAAUUGUUUCCUUAAUUAUUGAAACUGUUAGCUAGAGACCUCUUGAAAAAUUUGGAUAUUAGAUACAUGUUGGUGCAUGUGGUUCUUUUUAGUUUGUUUUUUUAGUGGCUGCUUUUACUUUCACCUUACUCCAUAGUUACUUGGUUAUCCCUGUCCUCUGAUCUUCUCACAACAUUUUUAAAGUGCCUCAAAUUGAACUUGUGACACUGUAUUGGAUUAAGAAGUUCAUACCAAUACCGGCAGUUUAGGGUUCUUCUUUUCUAUUUGCAAAUUAUGUAUUUUGGGAGUAGGGCCACUUAAGAAUGUUUGUUUCUGUGCAAUAAGAAGAUUCUGGACUCACCAUGUUAUCAUACCAAUUAUUACCAAAUAUUGUAUGCAAGGUAAGGUGUGAAAUUAUAAUCACUAUCAAGUCAGCUGUACUGUGACUGUAUUUUAAUUUGCCAUUUCUCUAUAUAGCGUAGCUAUGCAAAACAUCUGUGGAACAGCUGUAGUGUGGAUUUUUUCAACAACAUACAAAGAGCAAUGUGAAACAAAGAAACAAUGAACCUUACUUUUGAAAUCAGUGUGUACCUCACACCAUGCUACAGUGUGCCUCAGAACAAAUUGCCUUGUCCUCGGAAAAGCCACAUUGCUGUAUAUUGUAUUAACUUCUAUGAAAAGAUAAAGAUUUUUAAUUUUAUGACUUUGGAAACUGAAGAGUAGCAGUUUUGCAAACAACUUUGUAUGUUGUUGUAAAACAAAACCUAUGGUGCCUGUGUUGAACUUUUCAAUUAUCUGAAGGGUAUACAUAAUGGUUUUGGUGCCUUUAGCCUGAUUAUAUCAACCUUACUAAACAAAUGUUUUAUUGCACUCAAAUAUGAAAAAAGCCAUACAAUGUAUUUUUUUGUUCCAGUAAUGUUUACAGGACUGUCAUUAUGUCAAUUAGCUAUAGUAUCAACUAAUUAAAAAAAAUACUUGCCCUGAAACUCUGUUU